AAACGACGCCGUAUUCCGAUUGCCGGUCUUUCAUCUUCGUGGCUGGAAAUCAACGGCCAUUUUACACCUCGGUGUCAAAUGUUCCACAGCCAGUCGCUGCUUCCAACAAACUACAGAACCUGAGCGUAUCCACCACAUCGAAUCGUGUAUAGCUUUGAUUGAUGCUUUGUCCUUUUCCGCAAGAUUCUGUGUGUUUAUUCGAAGAGAAAACUGAUGUGCCUCUUCAAUUUUGGUUUGAACACUCGUCGGUCAAGUCGGGUUCUGGUUUGUGAAGUCUCGAUAUGCAAACACUGACUAUCUGGCCGUCAUCGAGUGAAUGGAAUUCUGGUAUAUUACCACGUAUGAGUUUAGAAUUGAGCUCUUGUAGCGGUUCUCUUCACUGGCGAGAGAAGAGGAAACGAUUAGGAAUUCACCAUAUAUCCAGCGGUGUUGUACUGUAUUGUUGUGGAUACUGUAAGGGUUUCAUAAAUAAGUGUUUAUCGAGUCACAUAGUCCGACACUGUGAGUUGAAUCUUCUGUCUUAUCCAAAUAAGGAAUUCCGCGGCGUCCUUUUUGCUCUUCCUUGUGCAUUGGAGCAACCAACCCUCGACGACAAUGUUGCCGAAGCAGGAUCUGAUAACAAGCAUGAAUUUCCUCAGAACAGAGAUGGCAUGAAAUUGACCCCGGUUCAUCUGGAUGAAGGUUUGGGGAUAAGCUCCAAAUUCAAUGAGAAUCGGGAAAAUGAUGAAGAUGGGAAAGACGAUGGAAUUGAUGCUGAAAAACAAGGUCGAAAUGGACGCAGCACAAGGAUUAAUGUUCGAGCCCUGGCUUGGAGCUUGCGCUCGGCUAAAACAGCAGACGAUGUUGAAGAAGUUCUCAAGGAGAAAGGAGAGCUUCCUCUUCAGGUAUACUCUACCAUAAUUAAAGGUUUCGGCAGAGACAAGAGGAUAGAGUCAGCAAUGGCGAUCUUUGAGUGGCUUAAGAGAAAGAACAAAGAGGCUGGUUCUCCUAUCCAGCCAAACCUGUUCAUAUACAACAGUCUCUUAGGGGCAAUGAAGCAAGCCGAAUGUUUCGAUUUUGUCGAUGAAGUCAUAGGUGACAUGGCCAUGGAAGGGGUGCGUCCUAACGUUGUCACAAUCAACACCUUGAUGGGAAUUUACAUAGAACAAGGACGAGAGGUCAAGGCACUCCAAUUGUUCGUGGAGAUGCCGAACAAGGGAUUGUCCCCAUCUCCUGCUUCAUACUCGAUAGUCCUACUUGCUUAUCGUAGACUCGAGGAUGGAUUCGGAGCUUUGACAUUCUUUGUCGAGAUAAAAGACAAACACCAAAGAGGUGAGAUAGGAAAGGAUGAAGAAGAAGAAGAAGAAGACUGGAACUACGAGAUCACAAAGCUAGAAAACUUCACCUUUCGAAUUUGCUACCAAGUGAUGAGACGUUGGCUUGCAGCAAAGGACAACCUGAGAACUAAAGUGUUGAAGCUGCUGACCGAGAUGGAUAAGGCUGGGCUGCACCACGGUCGCGCUGAAUACGAGCGCCUCAUCUGGGCUUGCACGCGAGAAGAUCAUUGUGUUGUGGCUAAGGAGUUGUAUUCUCGAAUAAGAGAAAUGGGGACCGGAUCAAUCAGCUUAUCGGUUUGCAACCAUGUCAUUUGGCUGAUGGGGAAGGCGAAGAAAUGGUGGGCAGCUUUAGAAAUCUACGAGGACUUGUUGGAUAUAGGACCUAAACCGAACAAUAUGUCGUACGAAUUGGUCGUGUCUCAUUUCAACAUUCUGCUGUCUGCAGCUCGGAAGAAAGGAAUUUGGCGAUGGGGCAUGAGGCUGCUCGACAAGAUGGAAGAGAAAGGCCUCAAACCGGGCAGCAGAGAAUGGAAUUCAGUUCUCAUCGCCUGCGCAAAGGCUUCGCAGACUUCAGCUGCUGUUCAGAUAUUCAAGAGAAUGGUCGAACACGACGAGAAGCCUACAAUAAUAUCGUACGGAGCGCUUCUUAGCGCUCUCGAGAAAGGGAAGCUCUACGAGGAGGCUCUUCGGGUGUGGAAGCACAUGAUAAAAGUAGGCGUGGAGCCAAAUCUAUACGCCUACACAAUCAUGGCUUCGAUCUACGCUGACCAGGGGAGAUUCGACACUGUGGAUUCUAUUAUCCGGGAAAUGGGAGUCGUCGGGAUUGAGCCAACAGUGGUUACGUUUAACGCUAUAAUCACGCGAUGUGCGCAGCAUAAUUUGGGGAACACGGCGCACGAAUGGUUCCAACGAAUGAAGGUUGAGAAUGUAACCCCGAACGAGGUUACAUACGAGAUGCUGAUCGAAGCUCUUGCCAGCGAUGGGAAACCAAGGGUUGCGUAUGAGAUGUAUUUGAGGGCUCGGAAUGAGGGGCUUGAGCUUUCUUGCAAGGCUUAUGAUGCAGUCGUCGAAUCUUCGCAAGCUUAUGGUGCCACGAUCGAUGUGAGCAGUCUCGGGCCGCGGCCACGGCCGCCACCGGAGAAGAAGAAGAGAGGGCAGGUGAGGAAAGAUGAAUCCUUGAGUUCAGGUGGCGAUGAUGAUGAUGAUGAUGAUGGUGGUGGUCAUAGAAGAGAAAGAUUUGAGAAAAGAGAGAUUCAUGUACAACAACAGAAAAGCCCUAUUUUUUGACAUUUUUAUGUUUUAGACUGAAGUCUUUGGACUACCUGUGUGUUGUUGUAUAGCAGUGGCGGAACCAACCCCAGGCUCAUCACUAGUAUAUUUUUAUUGAUUUGAAUUUUUCGA